AUGAUUGCUAACACGGCCGGCUUUGUGCUUCCUUUGAUAAUGCUAUUGGCCUCAUCGACGUACAAUGUUCGACCACCAUUACCGUUUAUCUCAUUUGUAGUGAUGCUCGGACCUUAUCUUUUAAUGUUGGCUGUGCAAAUUGCUGCUGAGGUGAUGACAUGGAUGCAGAAAUCUCCAACUUGGCUGGUUGUUCCUGUAGUUUAUGAGAUUUAUAGGUUGUUUCAACUAAGGAGGGCAAUAAGGUUGGCUGCUUUACUUGGAGCACCAGUAUGGUCAAUUGAAGGCCUUCUAGUUUUGAUCUCAAUGUGGCUCUUUGUUCUUGUUGUUCAGCUUCUCAGAGUUGCUUGGUUUUCUGGUUAUGCUGCAAAGAGUCAGCAAAGACUUCCCUUUUGA